CAAACAUCCAACGUCAUUAACCAAACACUUUCCGAGCCCUCAGCUUCAGCCAUUUAUCUCAGAUUACUACCCAUUCAACAUGGACAGCUUCCGCCCUCUAACCUCCCAUCUUGUACGGACAUUUUCGCGGUCGUCAGUGCGUCGGAGUCCGGUGUGCCCUGCAGGUCCGAGAGCGGCACUCCCAGUUGUUGCCCCUCGUGCUUCUCGACCACUUUUCUCACCCUGUUACCCCACACUAACGAGAGCUUUCCAAUUCCAACAACAACAACAACAAUCUCACCAACGAAAAAGGUUCAUAAUGGCAGCAAGCAAAGGCAGUUUUGAACUUUUGUGCUUAGAGAAUCCGCUGUUAGACAUCCAGGGUGUAGCGGAUGCGAAACUGCUGGAAAAGUAUGGGCUGAAGGAUAACGAUGCGAUUCUAGCGGAGCCAAAACAUAUGGGGUUGUAUGAGGAUCUGAUUCAGAAUCAUGAUGCGAAGUUGAUCGCCGGGGGUGCGGCGCAGAAUACUGCAAGGGGAGCGCAGUAUGUCCUCCCCCCAGACUCAGUCGUCUACAUUGGUUGCAUCGGCAAAGACAAGUACGGCGAAACGCUCAAGGAGAUCUGCGCAAAGGCUGGUGUCCGCGUGGAAUACCGCUAUGAUGACGAACAACCUACCGGGCGUUGUGGUGUCGUUAUUACGGGGCAUAAUCGCUCGCUGUGCACUGAUCUCGCAGCGGCGAAUUGCUACAAGCUUGAGCAUUUGAAGAGCCCGGAGAUCUGGCAGCUCGUGGAACACGCUAAGGUUUAUUAUGUUGGCGGGUUCCACUUGACGGUUUGUGUGCCGGCAAUUUUGGCACUGGCAGAGGAGGCUGCGGAGAAGGAUAAGGUCUUCAUAAUGAACCUCUCCGCACCCUUCAUCCCGCAAUUCUUCAAGGACGCUCUCGACUCCACAGCUCCCUACUGGGACAUCCUGAUCGGCAACGAAACUGAAGCCGCAGCCUACGCCGAAUCCCACAACCUUGGCACGACAGACGUUAAGGCGAUUGCAACAGCCAUUGCCAAACUACCCAAGAAGAACAGCAAGCGCCCACGCACUGUGAUUAUCACCCAAGGUCUGGACCCUACGAUUGCGGCGGUGGCAAAGGAGGGCGGGGAUGUCGAGGUUAAGGAGUUUCCUGUUCAUGCGAUUCAGAAGGAGAGGAUUAACGACACGAAUGGGGCUGGUGAUGCAUUCGCCGGUGGUUUUGUUGCUGGCAUUGUCCAAGGUAAACCGCUGGAUACGGCUAUAGACAUGGGGCAGUGGCUGGCAAGACUGAGUAUCCAGGAGCUUGGUCCUUCCUACCCCUCCCCAACCCAAACCUACACUCACUCAUAGCCAGCUGCAUAACAGCAGGACACGCGGUCUGAGCUGAGCGCAAGUAGCUCGUGUAUUUCAACAAUCACAUGCAUUUGUCGGUGUUCAGGCGUGCGAAAAAAAAUCGGAGGUAUGAAAAGGUGGCCGGCCGUUCAACAGCUCAUGAGGUCACUCUGUUUGUGUUUGUUAUUACCGUAGCAAUUUCCAUGUAGGUUUGUUUAUGCUGCGGUAUGUAGAGUAGCGCUGAAGCGGGACAAGUCCUGGAAACUAGCAUACUUGACCUGCCUGA